AUGGCCCAGCGGUCAGUCAACCUCCUAUUUUCAAACCUCCCCCAAAGCGCCUCAACCACACAAAAGAAACCCAAACCAGCUUCCCCCACAGCAGACAAGCAAGCUAACCGGCAUCCCAGGUUCGGCGCGUCGUCCCUCCACCAGCGCGACUCCCGCUCCGCCCUCUUCGAAGGCUACACGGGCGGCGACCACACUCCGCGCGGGCACAGUCCCAACCCCUACAACCCCGGGUACGCAGCGGCCUACCCCAACGGCGGCCACGGCGAGCGGCACGGCCUCGGCUACAGGGCCGCCACGCCAAACAGGAAGGGCCAAUACAGCGAUGCCGUGCUCGACGAGCUGGAGAGCCAGAACGAGGACCAGGUCGCCGGGAUACUGGGCAAGGUCCGCACCCUCAAACAUGUAUGUGGCUCUUUUUCCCCGGGUACGAAACGCAAGUAUACGCAGUGUGCUGACGGUGGCGGUGCGCAGAUGACGGUGGCCAUCGGCGACGAGAUCCGCGAGUCCUCCGCCCUGGCGGAUAAAAUGAACGACGCCUUUGACGACGCGAGGAUGCGCGUCAGGGGCACCAUGAAUAGGAUGAAGAUUAUGGCCGAGCGGACGGGCGUGGGGUGGAGGCUGUGGCUGCUGUUCUUUGCGGCCGUCGGCAUGCUCUUCUUCUACGUGUGGUUGUUCUGA